ACUCCAGUCACAAUAAAAACCACCACCCACACACAAUGGCCAAAUCCGCCUGGUUUCGUGGUCCAGUAUGUGGUACCGACAACUGUCGAUCACGACUAUAUAGAUCCACUGAUGGGUUAACCAUCUGUCAGUUUGGGCAUGUUCUUGAAGGUGCAGUGGAAUUCAACGAUGAUCAAGACCAAGCUAUCGUGUCCACCCGAAGAAUAAAUGCUGCUGUGACCAUGGAUUCCCGUGGUUCAUAUGCUAGUAGUCAACCUUUGGGAAUGUCACAGUCUCAAAUUUCGACUCAACGUGAAAGUGAACGAUUAUUUGGAAAUGAAGCUGUGGUGUUGUAUUAUCGAUGUUUGCAAUUGUUACUAAAACAUGAAUUGAAUGUUUUUGUCGGGUUGUUUUGCUCGGAAAGUACAAUGAAAGAUUUGACUUGUUUGGUUAAAAAGAACUGGAUAGAUGUGUUGGAGAAGGAUGUUCACGAUGAAGAAACCGAGUUAAAAGAUAUGCAUAUUGACACACUAGAUAUAAUAGUGAUAAUUUACGUAUCUGCACUACAAUUACGAGCGUAUCUGAUAUACACCACUGAUAUUUUAGAGAAUAUUUUCACUAAUCAAAUACCGUAUGCCCGUACUUUACAUUUAAUUCCUAAGGAAAUGUUGGAUAAAUUACCUACCGUAUUUCAUAACAGAUUACAACCAUAUGCCCUCCCAACAAGAAAUCAAAUCUACAAGAAAAUUAAGAAUACAUUAAAUCGAAUUAUGAGCAAAUCGGAGUUUGUCAUGCCCAUAAGUUUCUAUUUCCCAUUGAUAUUCAGAACAUACUCGGAAACGUUAUUACUACCCAAUGCACCAGAUCUAUUCUUGAUCAUGUAUAAAUUACUCCAAAAACUCGACAUCACCCAAUUGGAAAUCAAGUACAAGUCGAAAACACAGACAUAUAUGCAAAGCAUUCCCGAGGUAUACCUUUCGAUGCUAAUGAUAUUUAUCACAAAACUUUCAUUUUAUAACAAGACAAACAACUUCCUGUUGAGGGAUUGGUUAACACAGUUAAAUAAUCAUCCAGCGGGAAGUGAUACUAAUUUUGUUCAAGAUUCCAAUGUAUUAGACUGGUCUGAUUCGAAAGUUGAAAAUUAUUGUGAUUGGAUUUAUGAUUGUGUCAUUCCCAAGAAACAUAAAUUGAAUGAAGCAAAUCAACAGAAAUUAACCACUUUAGAGAAGAGGUUGUUUCUGAUUUUCAAGUUGGAUAAUGAUGAUCUAAGUAAUAGUCAGCAAAAUGGAAGUAAACCGUCUGAAGCCAAUGCAGACUUGCAUGACAUCGUAACUAAACUUGCCUCGACUGCCUCGGAAAACUUGUCAAACGAAGACUUUACUCAACUUGACGAAACAUUAUUCCUGAUAUUUUCCCAUUUUUUGGGCUUAGAUAAAGACGAUUUAAUCAGGUGUUACGAUACGAUUACUAAUGAUUUAAGAAAAAAAACAAAAUAAGUAUUAUUUAGCAAUAUGCUUCUCGGGAUUAUGAAUUGCCGUUGAUAACCGGCGUUAAAGCCUCCAGGCUGCCCCCAACAUUUCAAAAUGUGACACAAAAAUAUUUUUUUUCUAUAAUCCGGACUUUAGAACUACAAGGCACAUUUUUUAAGCAGUUCUGCUUUCGAAGAUAAUUAAUCUUGCAUCGGCGGUAAUGAGACAACUUUUAGCAUAUCCAAGGGGGGAGGGAGGGUGUUCGCCUCAUGGGUAUAACUUGGAAUCUGGUACAAAAGUACUAAAGAGGCAGUGCUAAACCUGAUAUGAUACCCGUGAAAACCGCGAUCUGAAAAAAAAAGAUCAUGUAGAGAGCCUUACGCAAUCGGUGGGGCAUUUGCGUGGGGCAAAAUCAUGCACGAACAAACGAUCACCACUCGGUAUUUAGUAAUUGUAAAUCUAGAAUUAAUACACGAUUUGAUGGACAUUAU